AGGAAUGUAUAGAAUGAUGGUUAGAAUGUUGUAAGGUACAAGUUGUGCGGUACCGUGGUAGCUCUCUCUCUCUCUCUCUCUGCUAGCAGCACAAAGUCAAAUCCUCUUGAUAUCGAUAAUGUCGACCACAAAGAAUCCCGAUAGAUUGAGUAAUGUGCUUAUUCUCCUUUCAUUUCUUGAUUACCUAGCAGUAUCGCUGGUGUACCCCCAGAUGGGUAUUAGAAUGCGGGAGUUGGGUGCUUCUCAGUUUAUGAGCGGUCUUAUUUCCUCUUCUUACGGGGCUAUCCAACUCUUCAGUGCUACUGCUCACGGUGUGGUAUGUGAUCAGUACGGGAGAAGAAUUCCUCUCCUCCUCUGUCUCGUCUCUAUCACGUGUUCUUAUCUCGCUCUGUCUGGUAGCAUGUCGUUUGUUAGUAUUCUGGUGAUAAGAUCUGUGUUGGGUCUUGUUAAACAUACUCAGUCUACUCUCAAGGUUAUCGGAGGAGAUAUUCAUACGGGGACCUCGAGAAGCACAUUUAUCAGCAAAUCUAACAGUUUUAGUGGUCUAGCUUUCAUGAUAGGACCGUUCUUAGCGGCUUACUUCUUGGAACCCGAUACCAGUUUUCAGUACGGAUGUUGGAUAUGCAGUGCGAUAUUUAUGGUUACGCUAGUGAUAACAUAUUUCUUUGUUGAGGAGACAUUGCCCGUGGUAAGGGUUAAACCAGAUAAACCUCUGGAGUCCAAACCUCAGUCAUCUAUCUUACAACGUUUCAAAAAAUACAGCAGCCUACAAGAUAUCUUCAUCUACCGCUUCUGCGCAGCAGCCAGUGUUAUUAUACUCAGAUACUUCACUCCUUUGUAUACCCAACAUUACUUUGGGUUCAAUGCUAAACAUGCUAGUUAUAUGACGUCUUUCUUUGGAUUCUCAGGAAUAGUGUGUUCCUCUCUGGCAGGAUAUGUUGCCUGGCUAGUUAAGUUCCUGACAAACUUAAGCUCACCAGAUACCUCUCUCUGCUCCUCAUUUUCAGUAUCGCCUCCACGUUACUGUCCAGCUCAAUAACCGCAUUCCUAAUAACCCAGUUCAUGCUCUCAUUUGCCACCCAGAACCUACGGAUCAUGAUAGACUCCCUCAUCCUCUCGGCAGCAUCAGACUCAGACCGAGGGGAGGUGUUCGGGCUGGGUGCCAGUAUAAUAGGGCUCUGUAGGGUGGGAGGUCCUGUAGUAGCUGGGGCUCUGGCCGAGAUUAACAUGAUGUUACCGUUAGUGUGCAGUGUGGUGUUAGCUGCGCUGGGGAGUGGGGUGUUGUUUUGGAGUGGGCGCAAGGUCAAGCAAGGAUAGGGUCGGGUGUUGGCCGGAUCAGGUUUCAGACAUCAUUCCAUUUGGGGGACUGGACGUAAUGAGUGGGAUAAACAUGACUGGUUAGCGUUAAUUGGGUCUUCACGUUAUCUGAUCUGAAGUUUAGUUUUGUUGUAGAGAUGUUUUUAGCUACCGAAAUGUGGUUUGAUUAUCAGUUUUCUAGAUUGUUCGUGAAUCGUUUUUGCACGUUUUGUUUUUUAAUAACGGUUUAUCGUGUAAUUUCUUUUGCUUGAUUUCUUUUAAAAGGGUUGUCGUAUUUUUGUAUUUUGAUAUUAGGUAAAUGAUUUAUGUCAGUCUGUAUAAUUUUGAUAAACUUGUUCAAUUAUUUCAGUCAAUGCAAGGAUUUGUGACAAUAACUGAUGGAUAAAGAUUUCAAACUCUUUUCCAGGACUU